AUGCGGGAAACAACUCAUGGAAGCUAUGCAUCCUUGUACAAGCUGAAACAAACUAAUGACACUGAGGACAAGCUAAAACCAGCUGAAAAGCGUGUGUAUGAGUUGAAACCAGCUGAAGAGCGUGUAUAUGAGCUGAAACCAGCUGAAGUGAGUGUAAAUGAGCUGGAUGAGCUAAGUGAGCUAAGUGACAUUGAUCUGGAGCUAGAUGAGCUGAGUGACACUGAAGAUGGAGCUGGUUUAGCUGCUGGACGAAAUGGGCCUUUAGCUAGGCUGAGUGAGUGCACUGAGUUUCUACGGUGCUUGAAGUUGUAUGAAGAUUCAUCUGGUCAGGUCAUUAAUUUUCAAAAAUCAGCUGUUACCUUUGGUGCUGCAGUAGACCCAGUUAUGAAGAGGCUGAUACCUGAGCUACUUCACAUUGAUAAUGAGGGCGGUGAUGGGAAGUACUUAGGCCUUCUGGAGUGCUUCAGUGGCUCAAAGCAGAAGCUACUUGCGUUUAUUGGUGAGAAACUAAAAAAGAGAUUACGAGGAUGGUUUGCCAAAAAGCUUUCCCAUGGCGGAAAGGAGGUCCUCCUCAAAUCUAUUGCUAUGGCUCUUCCGGUUUAUGCGAUGUCAUGCUUCAGGUUAACUAAACACCAUUGUCAAAAAAUUAUGAGUGCUAUGGCUAGCUUUUGGUGGGAUGAAGAUGGAGAGAAGAGAAAGAUUCAUUGGAUUGCGUGGAAGAAAAUCUGUGUGCCAAAAGACAAAGGAGGACUGGGGUUUCGGGACAUAGAGGACUUCAAUCAGGCGCUGCUUGCUAAGCAAGCAUGGAAAUUGUAUAAUGAACCGAACAGCUUAUUGGCGCGAGUCUAUAAGGGCCGGUACUAUGCAUCCUCGACCAUUCUUGAGUGCGGUAAAGGAUAUAGACCUUCUUAUGUCUGGAGAAGUAUAAUUUUUGGCAGGGAAUUACUGAGGAAGGGAUUGAUCAGAUCCAUAGGUGAUGGAAGAGAUACACAUGUGUGGACUGAUAAGUGGAUUUUGGAUGAAGUUCCUCGAAGACCGGUGAACAAACAACCAUGUUUUGAUGUCAACCUGAGAGUUUCUGAGCUCAUAGGUGAAGAUGGGAAAUGGAAAAUGGAAUUACUGCAGCAGCUCUUCCCACCAAAUGAGGUGGAUCGAAUCAAACAGAUUGGUGUUGGCAGAGUGAAAGACAGAGAGAUAUGGGCUUUCAACAAGUCAGGUGACUACACAGUUAAAAUUGGGUGCUGGCUCCUUACAAGCGUAACGUCAAACCGUGGAGACGAUCACAGGGUAGAAGAUCAGGCGGUAAUUGAAAUAAAGAAGCUUAUUUGGAAGCUACCGACGAUACCAAAGAUUCGUAUUCACGGUUUGAAGUUCAUGGAAGCGAGUACUUUUAAUCAGGAACGGCGACAAGCAAUCCCCUGGAUCCUCUGGACGAUAUGGAAGAACAUCAACAGCUUGUUAUAUGCGGAGACACAAGAAUCGCCAUCCCUGUUGGUUCAGAGAACGCAAGAGGAAGCAGCUUUAUGGAAUAAACUGAACAAGGCGAAGAGUAAUGGAGGGCAGGUGCAGGCUGAUAUGGGCAUGCCAAAGUACUGGUUUCCGCCAACACAAGGUAUGAUAAAAUGCAACCUUCAUGCUAGCUGGAGAAGUGAUAAACAAUUCAUAGGAGUAGCUUGGAUCACACGAAAUCAUCGAGGAGAUGUGUGUAUGCAUGCAAGAGACGCACUCGUACCUACCUCGGACAAACUGGCGGCUGAAAUGGAGUGUCUAUUGUGGGUACUUCGAAGCCUAAGGGAUCUGCGAAUAGAAGAGGCCAGUAUUGGAACUGAAUCUCAAAAGCUGAUAGAUGCAAUAAAAACUCCUGCUCGUUGGCCAAGAUAUAGGUGCUUACUUCGACAGAUAGAGACAGUUUGCUUGGAGUUUACUGUUAUCGAGUUUGAAGUAGAGUCACGGGAGUCUAAUAAGGUGGCAAGAAAGAUAUCUACAAGUGUUCUCCGUGAUGGACGACUACGUUCGUACCUUGCCUUGGGAGGACCGGCGUGGCUUCAUGAUCUCAUCCAGACUGAGGUUAUUGGUGAACUUUGA